CCUUAGCGACCAAUUGCGUCAGACUGGAAGAGCCCAUCCUUCAGAGAGGGAAGAGUGUAGUAUUGCACAUCAUUGCAGAGUGAAGGCGCUGAAACAAUACAUGCGACUAUAUGGUUACCAUGGAACAGUUCUGAAAUGCUUCCAAUCACUGUUACGCUAGCUGUAUUCCCUCCAUCGCGCCCGCGACCGAACGAUGUGAAUUCGGAGUGAGACUCCCCACGUCUUGAAACGUUUCUGAAAAUGGACCCUGGCAACGGCGAGCUCCAGCUGUGAACGCGACGGGAUCCGGAGCAGAACCCGGAGCAACAGACCAAGAGGAUCCGGAGCAGCGGACCACCAGGAUCCGGAGCAGAACCCGGAGCAGCGGACCACCAGGAUCCGGAGCAGAACCCGGACCAGCGGACCACCAGGAUCCGGAGCAGAACCCGGACCAGCGGACCACCAGGAUCCGGAGCAGAACCCGGACCAGCGGACCACCAGGAUCCGGAGCAGAACCCGGACCAGCGGACCACCAGGAUCCGGAGCAGAACCCGGACCAGCGGACCACCAGGAUCCGGAGCAGAACCCGGACCAGCGGACCACCAGGAUCCGGAGCAGAACCCGGACCAGCGGACCACCAGGAUCCGGAGCAGAACCCGGACCAGCGGACCACCAGGAUCCGGAGCAGAACCCGGACCAGCGGACCACCAGGAUCCGGAGCAGAACCCGGACCAGCGGACCACCAGGAUCCGGAGCAGAACCCGGACCAGCGGACCACCAGGAUCCGGAGCAGAACCCGGACCAGCGGUCCAACAGGAUCCGGACCAGAACCCCCAGCAGCAUUCCAAAAGCAUCCAGAUCUGAAGCAAAACCGGGCCAUCACCUCAACGGGAUCCGGAACAGCACACCAAUAGGAUCCGGAGCAGAUUCCGGACCAGCUCACCAACGGGAUCUGGAGUGGAACUCGGACUGGACACCACGUGGCUUGCUGACAGUGGCACCCAGGUGCCGACGUCAUGUCCGACUCUGAGGACGAAAUUCAGGACCGUCAGCUGAAGAUAGUCAUCCUCGGGGAUGGCGCAUCAGGAAAGACCUCUUUGGCAAUGCGUUUUGCGCAGGAAGCUUUUGGAAAACAAUAUAAACAAACAAUUGGGCUGGAUUUUUUCCUGAAACGAAUAUCUCUACCAGGUAAUUUAAAUGUUACACUACAAGUCUGGGAUAUUGGAGGACAAACCAUAGGAGGAAAGAUGUUGGACAAAUACAUAUAUGGAGCUCAGGGUAUCUUACUGGUAUAUGAUAUCACAAAUUACCAGAGUUUCGAAAACCUUGAAGAUUGGUAUGCCGUAGUGAAGAAAGUAAACGAUGAGUGUGAGCAACAACCUAUGGUUGCACUGGUUGGAAAUAAAAUUGACCUGGAGCACAUUCGAACUGUGAAGACAGACAAACAUCAACGAUUUUGCCAGGAAAAUAACAUCAGUGGUCAUUUUGUCUCUGCCAAAACUGGAGAUUCUGUAUUCCUCUGUUUUCAAAGGUUUGCUGCAGACAUUAUUGGCAUUAAACUAAAUAAAGCAGAGAUUGAACAAUCACAGCGCGUAGUGAAGGCAGAUAUUGUGAAUUACAGCCAGGAGCCUGUGGUGAGAACUGUGAACCCUCCCAGAAGUUCAAUGUGUGCAGUUCAGUGAUCCUGUCACAUACCCAUAUUAGUACAUUUGGCAAUCCUGCUUCGUUCACACAGGCCCAUUCUUUCUCAGGAACUUCAUUUUGACAGCAACCAUCUCUGCAACACAGUUACUGUAUGCUAAGAAACACAAGGCAGCCACUGUCGACUGCAGAGAUCCACGAAGUUGGACCAUGCAUUUGAGUAUGAUUUUCUAAAUCGAGUCACGAAAAGAUAUUUGUCACUUAGUUUAAAAUGAUGAUGUAACUGCAUCAAAUGUGUAUUUUGCAACUUAAAAAAUCAACUUUGUACAACAGGGCAUUAAAUGUAUUUCAUCAUUUACAGAUACCUGUAUUUUAAAUGAAAUCUCAUUCAAAAGAACAGGGUAGAGUUUUGUAGCCCUGAGGAAAAGUAUUUUUUAUUGCAACUUGAUUUUAUUUUAGCAAAUGUGGACAGGGUCGUAUACUGGUAGGAAGAUCAGAGUCUUGCAAGAUAAGAAAGUGGGAAGCCUGUAAAAACUAAUUUGGCGCUCUGAAGUGUGGCCCUUUUGUACCUUUACUUUGUGCAGCAUCCAGCUUGAAUUCUUUUUGUUUCUGAUGCUUUGCUUGACAUAUUAUUAAAUGCAUUUAUGAUUUUGAGUAUGAUAGUUUCUUGAUUAUGUUACAUCAGACAAAAUAUGUGUUCUCAAAGCUUGAAAUAUGGUAUUUGUAUCACAUGAUAUUUUUCAAACCUUGGUAAGGGUCUCCGUACCAUUUUGUUUCCAGGCUUUCUGCUUAUUAGUUUUUCCCUCUGAUUCUUGGAAAACGGUGACGUUGCUAUUUGCAUCUUCGUGAAAUUUGUAAAUCCUCUCCAUAUUAAAUGUUAAAAUCUUCACCUCUAUUUUUCUGAAUGAGGCACCUUUUGCCUAGUAAUGCAUGCUACAGUUAUUUGUCAUAUUUAUUUGUCAAUUACACAUUUUAUUUUUGCCAGUAAUAAAUGUUGUUUAUUUUAAAAUGUAAAACUUGAAAUUAUUUACCCAAGUUCUCUAUAUUUUAGGUAACCCUGCUGGCAAAUUUGACCACCUUUGUUUGUUUGAUAUGUAUUAUUUAUAGGAUCCCAGGCUUUUAGUUUAUUCUGUGAAAUCAAGUGGGAGAAAUUAGGACCCCAAUCUGACUUGCUUCAUGCAGGAUAUCCCAUUCUAAAUUCUCCAACCAUAUUAAGGCAGGACAUUCUAUAAACAUUCUUACCAAGGUGCUACAAGGAGCAUGAAAAUAUUGUUUAAAUUUUGAAUUGAUUAGCAUAGCCUCUUUAAGUUUAGCUCUUCAAAAAUUUGAUUAGAAUCUUUCUUCAUGCUUACUCUUCACCAAUUUUUUAAUUUAAAGAGUAGGAUGCCCCUGCAUGAUCUGAGAAUUCCACAUUUCUUUGUAUCCUCUCACCAACCUAUCUACUCAAUUUCAUCAUAUCUCAUUAUUUGUACAUGUACAACCCUCGGCCAUGCACGUGUUCUACUAGCGUACUACAGAAAUAAAAUACUACAAAUUGAUGAUUGGGAAAAUGAGGUGCAAUUCUCACAAAAACAGAUUCUGCACCAAUUUCAGGAAAACAGAAUGCUGGUUUUCAUCCACUGAAAUUUUGGACUUUCAGGCUUUUGUGAGUAAUAUGUUUCUUUAAUAACAUUUCACCAGUAGUACUGAACAUUUUCUGUAAUCCAAUGGAUAAACAUUGUUUGCAUUCAUCAAAUGCUCCAUUUUCUAUUUAUAUGUCGAAAUCUAAUUGAAUCUUCCUAACCUUAUUUUAUCUUCACUCUAGUUUGUAUAGUUUUUGUUUCAUUUCAUUAUUAAUAACAAACCAUUGACUUGUAGCUGCUUUAAAUUUGUGUGUGUGUGUGUAUAUGUCUGUAUAUAUAAUAUAAUACACACACAUAUAUAAAUAAUAUAUAUAUUACAUACACACACAUAUAGUUCCCUUCCUACAUCUCUUCUUUACUUAAAUCAUACUCAAUGCACUGCCUAUGGGACUUAGGCUUAUGCAUGUUGAUAAUGACGUGUUUGUUUAAGACACCCCUGCACUUUGACAUUUUCCAUAUAUCUUUGUACCAAUGAUCAAAUUCAAUGCAGUGCAGCAGCACUAAUUUAACCAAACCUUUGUCCAUAUUUCUCAAAAACAAAUACAUAUUUGGAUACCAAAUAUCUCACUCUUGCUGAAUACACAGACCCCCUUUCUUAAGUAUAUUUUGUUUUAGCUCUUUAAUUUUUAGAACACUCUGAAGUACAUUCCAUUUGAUACUUGAAUGAGUGCAGCAAAGAAAAGAGUACUGACAUUUGCAUUUGGUCCUAAUUUGUAGCCUUGAAUUUUGUGGAAGCAGUCAAAUCUUUGUGGAUUGUUAGUAACAGUUUGAAUAAUUUCCAUUUGAAGUUCAGCAAAACACUAAUGUCAUACAAA